UUUUCCUUUAAAAGUACACAUAUUAACCUAAUACCACUAUCGUUUAUAUACAGUAUAGUUCGCUAUCUUAUUCCUAGUUAUCGACACGUACAGUGAUUUAAAUUCCAUAUCGUGUUAAACCAAAAUAAAACAAUCAUUUUUGCCAGGAGAUAUUAGCUGAAUCUCCUUCCUAAUAUACACACAAACAGACAGCCAAAAAUGUAUAGUACUAGGAUCAACUUCAUAGUAGCCUUUAUACUCGUGUUGGUUGCAUUCGUGUUCCUAUUAUUAGCUACUAUAAGUGCUCCAGUCGUGAAGACGUUUGAAUUAGCUAAAACAACUACACAUUCGUUUGGUGUAUUUGGCUAUUGUACCCUCAAGGACGGAACAUGUCUGUCUGCAACCUAUCCUUUGAAUUUGUCUGAUAUAGAUGGAAAAGCCAAUUGGUUACUCAGUUCAUCUACUAGAGAUACUUUGGCUAAGAUCUUUAUAUUAACUCCUAUUGCCCUUGGCUUCAAUUUUAUCACCAUGAUUUUAUUACUUGCCUGUAACUUUGUUGCUGGCGGAGAAUCAAGAUCAAUAGUUUUGAUUACAAUUGUGGUUAAUUUUAUUACGUUGUUGGUUACUAUUAUUUCCGCGAUAAUUACAGUAUUGGUUUAUCAUCCAUUUUUGCAAUGGACUGGCUGGAUUUUGAUCGGGUCAGCUGCUGCUUGUUUACUUUCCUUGAUUAUCAUUACUGUGUCUUUAACUAAACUUCUGUCCGAUGACGAUCUUGAUGAACUUGUGCUUGAAGUCAACGAAAGAUCUAGUGCUGAAAAGGAAAGAUUUGAUCGUUUAUUUGGCGGAAAGCCUCCAAUAAACACAUCAUAUAAUGAUCACAGUUCCAGUACCAUGGAUAAUGAAUUUGAUUAUAAAACAUUUAAGGUUUCUACUACUUCAUCUGGUAAUGGAGGAAUGGGAGCUGGCUCCGGAACUACUGCUGUCACUGCUGCUUCUGCAGUUACCCUUGGUCAGAAUAGAUAUAACCCAUAUAACAAAUUCACCAAUAGCACUGAUGAUUAUCAACAGCCUCCUCAAGUAAGUUCAUUCUCGGAACAAUAUGCCAAGUCAAAUCCAUCUAUUGGAUAUACCACACCCCAACAGGAUUCUACCAAUGCAAUUCCAUAUCCUACAUCAGCUGGAUCAUAUCCUACUGACUCGUCUGCGUUUUCUAUCAACCAUAAAUCAGUAUUUGAACAUCAUCCAGAGGUCGAAGGUCAUAAGCCAUUUACUGAAUUAGAUGAUGAUUUUGAUGAUGAAGAAUUACCAAAGACAACUGGAGGUCAUAUCCCAGAAGAUUCUGAUGCUGAAUCUGAUUUCACCAGUGUUUCCCAGCGAGCACCAAACCCAGAGUAUCACCAAUACAGCCAAGGCGGUGGUUAUUAUCAACAGCAUUAUAAUAAUGUUCACAACUUCCAAUCUGACACCGGUUCUCAAUUACAACCACAACAACCUCUUAUCAGCCCACAACAGCAACAAUAUCCAGUUGGAUACAAUAGAUCAGGUAAUUAUCAACCUGUACCAACCACACCACCUAGUGCAGGAUAUUUUCCACCAGCUCCAGCCCCAGUACAACAUGUUCCUCCUCCUCAGCCAAGGCCAACAAUUUCCGAUAAUGUAUUGAAUAAUAAUCCUGAUUUUGCAGUGGGAAGAAUGCCUAAUAAAAGAAAAGUGGCUCCUGGGUUUGUUCCUGUAGCUGCUAGAUAUGCAGGAGGCGCACCACGAGGAGGAGGGUAUGGUAGAGCACCUGGUCCAACACCACAUAUUAAUAGAGGUGAUGGCCCAUACGGUAUGAGAUAAGCUGACGGUUGUUUUUAUUUUCUUCGUAUAUUUUGCUUGUGAUUUACUUUCAAUUCUUGUAUUAAUUGGUCUUCUAUAAACUAAUUAAUCUGUAACUCUUUAUAGAGUUCUUUUCACUAGAAUAUUGUAGAAAGUUUAUAUAUUCAAUGAAUCUAUCAUAUUUUUGGAUUAGCAUUACCUGAGUCUGGGUUAUUUAUAACAGGCCUUUCCGGUACCAGUUCUGGAGUUUCUGGUUUUGGUUCUGGUUCUGGUUUUGGUUCUGGAGCUGGAGCUGGUUUUUCGAUUAUCUUUGUGGUUGAAUGUGGGCGAACAAGUACAAUCAUUAACAAUGCAAAUACACAAAGACUUAACAAAAAGAUGAUUUUACACUUUGUUGUUCGUUUCUGAUAAUGUCGAGCUUUUAUCAACUCCUUAUCUGCAUCUUGCAAAUUAGCCACUGUAUUUUGUAAAUUAUAAUCAAUUCUAUCCAAAAUUGUACCUUGAUGCACCACGAUUGUUUCCAUCUCUUUGAAAAUUGUCAGCACUUCCAAAAUCCCCAUGGCCAAUUUAGAAAUUUCUCGUUCUCGCUGCUCAAGAUAACUAUUACUUUGUAGCUGUUGCUGUUCUUGUUCAAGUACUUGUUUAGAAUAAUUUUCAAUUGACUCGGUAGUUUCUUCUGCUUUUGCAUCUAGAACUAAUUGAUCCUCGUCGUCAUCUCGAAGAAAUUUCAUAUAGUUGUUUUGCAAAUUUCUAAAUACAACUGAAGCUUCACUUAUUUGAGUUGCGUAGUUUUGUUGAAAGUUUGCCAAAAUUUCUAAAUCCUGUUUAGCAUAAUUCAACCCCAAUUUUUCAUGAUUCUUACUUAAAUAAAUGAAUUUCUUAAUGGCAACAUAACAUUUCUCAAAUCUGGAUAAGAUUGAAUAGUUCAACAGUUCGAUCUGGGAUUCCAAUUCUGUCUUGUUUGCCAGGGAUAUGAUAAUCAACUUCUUAUACAAGGAAUUCAAUUGGCCCGUUUCAGUUUUAAUCAGGGCCAAAUGUAUAUCCAAGUCCUUUGCUAUAUCAAAAAGUGAUGGAAUAAUAGGCUUCAACUCAAUGGAGUGUUGCUCACCACCGCCGAUUAACUCUUGCCUUUGUUCUUCUUCAUAUUCAAGAUCGUUGAAACGCGAAUUGCGUCCAGAGCUGAUGAUAGGAGUUCCAGUACCUCCAGGUGGGAGUGAAACAUCACGAGUAAUCGUUCGCCUGUAUGAGAGGAAGAGGUUUGUUCUGUCUCGAAACAUCUUGUUGGUUGUAAAAAGUGUUGGCGGUUCGGCUUUACAUGUUU